GCCUGCAGCUGGUGGAGGUGAGGAUCCCGAUGCACACGGUGCUGCACCAGAACGCGCGCCUCGAGUGCCACUACGACCUGGAGGGCGAGUCGCUCUACUCGGUCAAGUGGUACAAGGACGGCCGCGAGUUCUACCGCUUCGUGCCCAGGGACACGCCGCCGGCGCAGAUCUUCCAGUUGCCGGGAGUCGUCGUCGAUAUGAACAACUCGACGGCGAGCCAGGUGGAGCUGAAGGACGUGACGCUGAGCAGCUCCGGCCGCUACCGCUGCGAGGUCUCCGGGGAGGCGCCCUCUUUCCAGACCGUCUCCGAGCACGGCGACAUGACCGUGGUCGCCCUGCCGGACGAAGGUCCUCGGAUCACGGGCGGCCGACCCCGCUACCAGGUGGGCGACACCGUCAGGGUCAACUGCACCUCAGGCAGGUCCAAGCCAGCCGCGCAGCUCGCCUGGUUCAUCAACGGGGAACAGGCUGACCAAAGUUUGCUGAAAGGUCCUGACAUAAUUGUCUCGCCACUGGACGAUCUGGAGACGUCCAUACUCGGCCUGGAGUUCAAGGUGCGGCCGCGCCACUUCCGGCGGGGUGACAUGAAGCUCAAGUGCCUGGCCACCAUCGCGACAGUCUACUGGAGGAGCAACGAGGAGAGCGUCGAGAGCGACCGCCUCCAGAAGGCGCCCGUGCUGGAGAGCAGGGCUACCGUGCAGACCAGCAACUCCAGAGCCGACAAGGUUCAAGCCAUAGGCGCCAGUCCGGCAGUGCGGCCUCCGAACCUACAGCUGCUGGUGGCGCUGUGUCUGGCGACGUCGACGCUGGCGGUAGGCACUGGAGCCUCCAGCAGGUAGCGGCCUUCCGCCUCCGGCGAGGCCUCCAGAAGGCGCUGCGCUGUCGCCCCCCGCCCCUGAGGCGGCCGAGCCCGACGUCCGCGGCUGAGCGGUGAAGCGACUACGGCGGCAGCGGCAGCGUCGCGGGAACUCCAUAGGCGGCGACGCGCAAAAGCGGAACAGUCCGGCGAACCCUCCCACUUUGAUUUUCCUUUCUGUACGUAAACACUGGACCCUACUUUGCACCGUUAUUACAAAGAUGACGCCAAUGCAGGUUGCGACGGGUAUCACACGACGAGUAAUGCGUACUUGCCAACGUCUAGUUGGCUCUGUCCGAAAUCAACAGGAAUGUGACUUAAAGGAAAUUUACCACUGCUCCUAGUCGUUUCAAAUAAUUGCUGUGAAAGUGUUUAACGAGAAGGACUGAAAAACACAAUAAGGCCUCUGCUAAAACACCCACACGACAGAAAAGUGUUAACUAACUCAAAACCAAUACCAAAGUUUCUACGAGUCAAUGAACAGAUUUUAAAUAGAAUCCAAGUUUUAGUUUGUCGGUAAUAAUGCUGUACUAGCCAUUUCUUCAGUCACACAAAAAAUGGUAUUGUAAAUUGUAAACUGACAAAAAAAAGGUGUGAAGAUCCUACAAUUAAUCGCUGAAGAAACAAAUGCAUGACUUCGCAAACAGACCAAAGAAAAAGUGUAUCUUUCAAAACUGGUCGGAAAGUUUACUAGCCACAAAAUAUUCAUUUCCAGGUCGCUUACAAUGAUGGUGAUAUUUAUAUGCCAAAGCAAUUGAUUUUGGAGAGCAGAAAUCCUCUGGAAGGUACCCAUUUCUAGCGCUGCCUCGUAAAUAUUUUUGCUUGUGAAGUAAUUCGCAAUUAUAGCCUGAAGUAAGGUUUCUGUUAGAGUAUCGUUUACUUGACAGGUUAAUGAUACGCGAAUGGUGGUCACUGUAAACAUUUUCCCAAGAUGGACAGCUUCAUUUCUGUUUCAAUCGAGUGUUUGUCGCGCAAAAGACGCUGAUAAAAAGUUUCUGAGAACUGUAAUGUAAAUAAAUUUAAAUUUCUAAUAUAUUUAGUUAACUCGUGAGAUUGUUCCACUAGUCAUUUAUCAGAUAUUGUGAUUAUAUGCAUAUAUUCGAAUGCACAAACUAUUUUAUUUGUUCACAUGUUUGAUGUUACUAAUUCCCUUAGUUCUUAUUAUUUA